CAACUUCGAUAUUCACAAUCUGAGCGACAAGACUUGACCCGAGGAAGCAGUUCAAAAUGGACAUGCCAGUAAAUGUCCCAAUUGAUAACCCAGAUGCCGAUACAGAAUGGAACGACAUCCUCAGGAAACAUGGCAUCAUCCCAGAAAAGGCACCUGACCCAGAGCCAAUCAUCCAGGAAGCACUAAUCGAAGCCGUCCAUCGAGCGCACGAGAAUCGCCUCGAGGACAAGGAUCUGGAUGAGUUGGCCGAACUCGAGGAUGAAGAGGACGAAGCCUUUCUCGCACAGUAUCGUCAACGUCGUAUGGCCGAGCUCGCGGAUCUUCGCAAAAAGGAUGUCUAUGGUCAAGUUUUCCCUCUGCAGAAACCCGAGUAUGCUCGAGAAGUGACCGAGGAGAGUUCAAAGGCGUUUGUUCUGGUUAAUUUGACGUCGAGUCUGGGCACUAAUGUCGAGUCUCGAGUUCUGUCUGAACUGUGGCGUCAGAUGGCUGUCAAGUUCGGUGAAGUAAAAUUUGGCGAAAUGAGGGCUGAUCUCUGUAUCGAGGGGUAUCCUGAGCGGAAUACACCGACGAUUCUCGUCUAUAAGGAUGGAGACAUUAAGCGCCAGUUGGUUACCCUUGCUCAACUCAACGGUGUUCGGACAAAGUUGUACGAUCUUGAACGUUUACUGGUCGACGUGGGAGCCGUUAAAGAGAACGAUGUUCGACUAAAACGCAAAGACAGCGACGAAGACUUACGAAGCACGAACAAGAAAGGAAGAAGGGAUGAAGAAGAUGACGAUGAUUGGGAUUAGCCGUGAUACAUGAACGACUCUCCAGAUGGCCUAGCAUUGGCCCAACGCAGCGACCUCUUCGAGAACAGGACUGCCGCACCCGCUGGUCGAAAAGAUCUGUUCCUAUUCCACACAGCCCAGACAGCUUUCGAAGAAUCUUGCUUUCGGAAGCACAAGACUUAAUGCCGCCCAUCCACUCGCACCCUUGCAUGAGUUUGGAAGUUGAGAUGUGAUCGUCGGCACAUUCUUCCAUAGACCGCUAACGGAUCAUGGCUUUAAGAUGGCUUCCACCAAAGACUUCGCCUUGAGCAGGCUGGUGCUGACUAAGCACGCUGUAAGCACCAGCGAGUGCUCACAAACGAUCAUGAUCUCCGUUCUGGUGCAGGAGAGGAGGGGUAGUGAUCAGUGAUCGGUUUGGGGACGAUCUGAAUGCAUGUGAACAGUGGGGGGCCGGUCGAGACAGGCCAUAUCACAUGUUUUGUCGAGAACCGCUGGCGGAGACAAUGGGUCCGGUGGCCUGAUGCGAACCGUAAGGCGUCGUGACACGCUUGUUCUGGACCCGCAAAUAACCGCUGCGCAAUCAAGGUAAUCCUCGCAUAGAUAGUGAACAAGGCUAUCACAUGGCCACCAAGUUGAACAGUAGACCAUUGUCAAGCUGCACCGCAUGGUCCGACUUGGGCGUUGGCGGGAAACGAUUUCUGUCAUUGAUAGAUCAAAUGCGCAGGAUGCAGAUUCGAUCCCGCAUCACCAAUUGCUGGAGAGAUGCUCGUCAGAAAUGGCUUAACCAAUGUAU